AUGAAAACAUGGCUGAACAAGCUAGGCUACACGGACGAACGGAUCAACGGCCUCAACAUCGUUCACGUUGCUGGAACUAAGGGAAAGGGAAGCACUUGCGCCUUCGUGGAGAGCUUCCUCAGAGCACAUGGACGGAGAACCGGUGCUACGCAGAAAGUAGGACUCUAUACCUCGCCUCAUUUGAUUGAGUUGAAUGAGAGGAUUCGAAUCAACUUUGAUCCUCUGCCGCAACACAUCUUUGCGCAGUAUGCUUUCGAAGUGCGUGAUGGUCUCGACAUCCAACCAACCGAUCCCCGACCACGGUAUCUACAACUUCUAGCGCUCAUUUCUUUCCACGCCUUCUUUAAGGAGGGAGUCGACGUUGCCAUCUACGAAACGCACCAUGGAGGCGAGUUCUGUGCAACGAACGUGGUCCAGCACCCUGUCGUGACUGGAAUCACAAGCAUCGGCAUGGACCAUGUCCACGACUUAGGGCCGACGGUCGAAAACAUUGCCUGGCAUAAGGCUGGGAUCUUCAAGACAGGCACCCCUGCCUUUUCACAACCCCAGACAGUGGAAGUGACUGAGGUUCUUCAACAGCAAGCGGCCAAGAAAGGCGUGGAUCUCAAGUUUGUCACGGCUCACGACACUUUCCCGAGCAGCCUCCAAGAAGAACAACUGAUGAACGCUUCUUUGGCGCGCGAGAUAACGGAUUGCUUCUUGGAGAGCAAAUACCCCGACGCGCCAGCCUUGACGUCUCAAGACAUACAUGAUGGUGUACAACAAUUCUCCUGGCCAGGCCGCUUCCAAACGGUUUCGGACGGCAAGUACCUUUGGUGCUUGGACGGCGCACACAAUGAAAUAAGCAUAGAGAAAGCAGCGUUGUGGUUUCAAAGGCUGUCUCGGCGUGUUGGUGUUCUUAAGCGAUUAGCGGCAUCAAUCAACGUCGAGAUCAACCAUGCGAUCUUUACCAAAUUUGAAGACAACGAAAAAGAUCAAGCACUUUUAAAUGAGUUUGGCAAAUGCUGGACGGAUACGUUUCCAGAAACGAAAGUAUGGAGUGACUUCACACAUGGUCAGGUUAUGGCGCGCGUUGAAGAGCUGGGGAAAGGGGCGCAGGAUGUCGACGUUUUGGUCACAGGGAGUCUUCAUUUAGUUGGAUCUAUUCUCCGCUGUCUUUCUAAGGAGGCCGGGGACAAUAUGCGCGAACGACACUGA